AUGUCUGCAGUGGAUGGCGGUGCUAGCAAUCGCUUUGCGGGACGUGCGAAACAGGUAGAGGACCCUACUACAAAGGCUCUGCGAAUCAAAGUAAGCGGCCUUAAACGCAACCUUAAGGAUCUUGAGUUCGCCAAAAAGGAGGUCGUUCGUGAAACAGAGCGCCUGGAAUCUAUCAAACAAAAUGAUCCGGAUAGAGUCAAACAACAGGAAAAUGUUCUUGGCGAAGCUCAGAUGAUGAUUCCCCAUUCAGAGAACAGGGUGCGGGCGGCGAUAAAAGAUCUAAAAGAUUUUUUACAAGAAAAUGACACAAUCAAUAGAGACGAUGAGUUGGUAGAGAGUGCACACCAAAUAUUAAAGGAGGGGAGCUCUGUAUUGUCUCAGGAGUAA